CAUGCAUCUCCAUCUCACUCUCACUCUCCCUCUCACCCCACUCACGUCCCAAGCUUACCAUGCGCACCAUUUUCGCGGCAGCCGCACUCGCGGCCACCGCCCACGCCGUCCACCUGACGCCCGAGCAGCUCAACACGGUGUGGGACCACGCCGUGCGCCUCUCCAACUUCUCAUGGGAGAACGGGACGAUCGGCCAGACUCUCCUCGAGUGGAAGUAUCCCCAGCUGAGCGUGUUUGCGGCCACAGCCCCGCUCCCGCUGCCCGACCUCACGCCGGACCAAGUGCCCGACAUUGUGCGCCUGGCAUCGGACACGCUCGCGAACCGCCCGCGCAACUUUUCCAACCCCGCCCUCCCCGCGGCGUCCUCGAGCGGCGAGGCGCCGCAACGGCGCCAAGAGACACCGACCUCGCCGCUGCUCGAGGACGGCGCGGCGGGCGACCCGCCGUCGGUCGGCGUCGCGGUCCUCGUGGCUGACAAAGCCAUGGGCGGCGCACAAGUCAACGGCGUGUCCUUUAUGCAGGCGGCGCAAAGCCAGCUCGACUACCUCCUCUACGGCGUGCCGCGGAACGCGGACGGCGCGAUCUCGCACCGCGCGGCCUCGGCCCAGCUGUGGGCGGACAACGUGUACAUGGUCCCGCCGUUCAUGGCGUACUUUGGCGCGGUGACGAACAACCAGACGCUCGUGCAGGCCGCAUUCGACCAGAUCGCGGCGUACCGCAAAGGCCUGCAGGACGGGGAGACCAAGCUGUGGCGGCACAUGAGCGAGGGCCCCGAGGCCGAGGACCCGAAUCUGUGGGCGACGGGCAACGCGUGGGCUGCCGCGGGCAUUAUGCGGGUCCUCGCGACCAUUAAGCGGUCGCAGUUUGCCGGGGCGAUGGGCGACCAGAUGACGCAGCUCCAGGUGUGGGCGGCGGAGAUUAUGACGGCGAGUAAGAAGUAUAUGACCCACGACGGCCUUCUCCGCAACUACAUCAACAACGGGACAGACUUUGUCGACGCGGCCGCGACGGCGCUGAUGGCGUCGGCGGGGUUCCGGAUGUCGACGCUGAACCUGACGAACGACCACGUGGACAUGGCCGUGUCGAUGCUCGCGGGCGCGAGCCGGAACGUGAACGCGACCGGCUUCCUCGUGAAUGUCACGGACCCGUACUCGUUCCACAAGCCCGGCACGUACUCGCCCGAAGGCAAUGCGUUCGUCGUGCUCGGGUACGCAGCGUACAACGACUGGGAGAGGAUGGGGAAGCCGGGCAACACGCGCGGCAAGGAUCCGCUGGCUGGCGGGGCGGGGCGGGUCGGCGUCAGUGCGGUGGUGGGCGCGGGCGCGGCCGCGGCCGCAGCGCUCGCCGCGCUCGUGGUGUGAGGCAAGCAGUAGACGGACACUAGAAUGCAUGCG